CGGACGUUCAAUCUGACGUCCACUGACGUCCACUGACGUCUAGUGUUGUGUUUGUGUUGUGUACAUUUUAGAGUAAUUAAAUUUGGUUAAACUACGCUUAAGUUGGGCUUAAUAUGUUAAUUUUUAAGUGUGCGCUCAUUGUAUUAUCUUCAUCUUAUAUUUUAUCCCUUUGUUCUGAACUGGUUAAAGAAACAAAGUUUUUGGACACUGGCCUUGCAUUUAUGUAUGUUGCCAGCGGAGUACUGGCUGGCAAAAUCAUCUAUGACAGAUUCCAGCAGGUCCAUGUCCUAGGCUCUUUAACCCCAAAUCCAAAUGUGACAUUGUUUGCAAAUAGGAUUGCUUCCUUCUCAGCUACAUUCCUGUCAUUGGGCUUCCUGGUUUACUUCUUUUUGUUCUUAUUUAAGGUGGAUGAACAAUGCCUGCGAGCGCUAAACAUAUUCAUUUGUGGAUUUGGAACUUUGUACAUGUGGGUGCAGUGCAUCAUAACUACAUACAUUUCUACACUAUUCUAUGAUAGAAGAUUGACAGUGCUAAGGCAAUGCCUUGCGAACAUGAGCUUCCUUUUCCUUAUUGUAAUGGCAAUUUUUGGGACCGUAUCUUCAUUUUUGCCUGAAGGUGGGGGUUCCAGCGCCGUUUACGUUUGCCACGUCGUCAGUUCCCUUUGUAGUUAUACAUUAACCGCGAUAUUCUGUAUAUUUAUAUUGUCCUUCGAAAAAGAUUAUGAAUAUUUUUCUGAGGGACUUCGAUCAGAAAUGUUACUCGAUGACGAUUGUUCCUUGAACAAUACGUCACUCUCCGACGGCGAUAGUAUAUUUGGACCACAGGAGCUUAUCUCGAACGCGAUAGUUAUAAAGGCCAGCAUAGCUUGCGGUAAGACCUCCUGACCC